UUAGCAGGAACAGAUAUAAAUCCGUAAUCUUGAAAAUUUAUCAAGUUAUCAACCAAGUCCCAUUCAGUUGCUUGAAACCAGUACAAUGUCCAAGUUGUUACUGCUGGUAGCGCUUUGCGCCCACUACAGCCAAGUUUCCUGCAUCGAUUUGCCUACAAACUAUGAAUAUUUCACCUCCGAUGGGAUUCAGAGUGGUUUAAGUGCCGAUCAGUCCUACUUUGUGCUCAAUGGAAAAACCAUCACUAUUUUCAGCGGCACUUUCCACUACUUCAGAGUCCAUCCAGAUUAUUGGAGAGACCGGCUGAGGAAGAUGAGAGCAGCCGGGUUGAACACCAUUGAAACUUACGUUCCUUGGAACCUUCACGAGCCUUAUUCAGGUGUUUAUGACUUUGGCGCUGGAGGUUCAGAUUUUGAGAAGUUCCUGGAUGUGGAGCGGUUUUUGAAACUUGCCCAAGAGGAGGAUCUGUUUGUACUUCUAAGGCCUGGGCCCUAUAUAUGUGCCGAAUGGGAGUUUGGAGGUUUGCCUAGUUGGCUGCUGGGAGUCCCAGACUUGAAGCUCCGCACGAACGAUCCAGUUUAUCUGGAAUACGUGAAUCGGUACUUUGAGAGGUUGUUCUCCAUUAUUGCGCCGCUUCAGUUUCCAAGAGGAGGCCCGAUAAUAGCGCUGCAAGUGGAGAACGAGUAUGGGAACACCUGGAAUAACGACCGGGAUUAUUUGCGAUCUUUGGCCACAAUUUUCCGAGAAAAGGGCAUCACUGAGCUGCUGUAUACAUCCGAUCCGAUCUUGAACGUGGGCGAUCAGGGAGCCCUUCCAGGCGAGCUGUUGAUAACCGCCAACUUUAAUGCUGAUGCAGCGGAAAAUCUGGAUAAGUUGAAUGCGCUUCAAGUGAACAAACCGACAAUGACUAUGGAAUAUUGGUCAGGAUGGUUUGACCACUACACGGAAGAUCACUUCGCCAACCUGGUUCCAGUGGAAAAAUACCAAUCGGUCCUGGAAGAUAUUUUGGCUUACCCUUCGUCGAUUAACAUCUACAUUUUUGUGGGAAGCACCAAUUGGGGAUUCACUAAUGGAGCGGGAGACAGCACUUAUGGACUGGACAACUCUGGGUUGCAACCGAGUGCCACAAGUUACGACUAUGACGGUCCAAUCACCGAGCAGGGACAGUUGACUUUAAAAUUCAACGCAACAGCUGAACUGAUUGAAAAAUAUAACAGUGUGAAGACGCGCCUGCCGGAGGCCACCCAAACUCCCUUGCCAGUUAAAUUUGAAGAUAUCAAACUGGAGGAACAGAUUCUGCUCUCGGAGCUUAUCGAUGAUUAUCCCAGCAAGAUCAAGAGCGACAAAAUCCUUCCGAUGGAGAAGUUGCCGAUAAAUGAUGGAUCUGGUCAGAGCUUUGGAUACGUCGUUUACCGAAAAACUAACUUGGACCUGAAAGCGAACUCCGUUCUCGAAAUUACUGGCUAUGUAAGAGAUCAUGUCUUAGUUUUACUCAAUGGAAAGUUGGUGAACUCCUUGUUGUCCCGUGUUGACGAUCUGGAUGGCUUUGGCUAUUGGAGAUUGGAGAAUUCGUCCAUACUCCUCUCUAGUGAAGCUCUGCGGGACGCCACUUUGGACUUGGUGGUGGAGAACAACGGCAGAAACAACUUCGGAGUGUUGAGCCAAUAUCAGCAGUUUAAAGGCCUAAUUGACGACGUCAGUGUGGACAAAGAAGUGAUCAACGACUGGGAGAUCAUUCCAUUGGAGUUCAAAAGGGCCUGGAACCAGCAACUCACUGGGUGGCACAGAAUUGAGAGCAGAGACUCCGUCCCUGCCUUAUAUCGAGCGGUUUUCCAAGCAACAGAGCCUCUGAGGGACACCUACAUUAAUGUCCAGGAUUGGCGGAAAGGAAUAGUUAUUAUUAACGGAUUUGUUCUGGGAAGAAUCUUCGCCGUUGGGCCUCAACAAGCCCUUUAUCUGCCUGCAGGACUAUUGCAGACCGGCGAAAAUGAGCUGAUUAUCUUCGAGCAUUUCAGUGCUCCUGAGUACCUGAAGUUUUCCGCAGAGCCUCUUUUCGGCUACGGGACCUUCAUUGAGGAAUAACCGGUUUCAAAUGAAAACAACAAAUUUAUUAAUUAAAUUCUCCCUAGACCAAA